AACCCCAUCGAAGAAUAUUUCCUGUCUGACCGGAAAAACCUUUGUUUAUUAUUUUCAAGAUGGCGGCGGGAAUGUAUUUGGAACACUACCUUGACAGUAUAGAAAACCUGCCAUUUGAGCUACAGAGGAAUUUCACUCUGAUGAGAGACCUGGACACACGGACCGAGGAUCUGAAAGGGCAGAUAGACUCUUUGGCUUGUGAGUGCACGUCAAAUGCACACACCCUCUCCUCGGAGCAGAAGCUCUCCCUGCUCCGCCAAAUUCAGCAGUCGUAUGGCAAGUGUAAAGAGUUUGGAGAUGACAAGGUCCAGCUGGCCAUGCAGACCUAUGAGAUGGUGGACAAACACAUCCGCAGGCUGGACACAGACCUGGCCCGCUUCGAGGCAGACCUAAAGGAGAAAAAGAUUGAGAGCACCGACUAUGACUCGACCUCCAGCAAGGGAAACAAGAGUGAGCUCAGGGGGCCAAAAGAGAAGAAGGUGGCUCGCACGAGGUUGAAGGCGAAGUCAGACGACGACUGCAGCCCCAAGAGCGGGCAGAAGAAAGUCAAACUAACACAAACGCCAGAGUUCACAGCCCCUACAGUGAACUUUGGGAACGUCCACCCCUCGGACGUGCUGGACAUGCCCGUGGACCCCAACGAGCCCACCUACUGCCUGUGUCACCAAGUGUCUUAUGGAGAGAUGAUCGGCUGUGACAACACAGACUGCUCCAUUGAGUGGUUCCACUUUGCCUGCGUGGGGCUGACGACAAAACCCAGAGGAAAAUGGUACUGUCCAAGGUGUACUCAGGAGAGGAAGAGAAAAUGAACCCAGAGACGAUCAUAACCAACAAUCAUAACGCUAGAGGGAUGUAGAGUUUACAAAGGAGGGUCCAGUGUUUGUUUUGAAACAUGGCAAGCCCUCCAUAAACAUCCAUAAACACUAACAUAGACUCUGCUGGGUCAUGUUUAAUAGGUCACACCAUCACGAGUUGGGUUGAAACGCAAAACCAAAAUGAGCAUUUCCUAUUGGACCAAGUCCAAGUAGCCCCUCCCCUUUUUCAGUGUGUGUUCUUCCGUUCAGUGUCUAAUGGUACUUCUGGUCUGCUAUCCUGUAUACCUCUCUUUGUCAAACAGAAAGAAGAUGGACAUUUGACGGAGGUGUAGUUACAGCUGUUAGCCUAAUUGAUGUUCCUCAAUCAUGACUAUAUAUAUGUUUUUUUAAUUGUUUAACUUUUUGAUGGUUGCUUUAAUGCUUAUUUAUGCAGAGUACUACAGGGACGUAUACCCUUCUUUUUGCUUCAUGAUAGACUGUAACAGCGACUCGUACUGGAUGCUUUUAUACUGAACACUAUUCAGCCCUGAUACACACCGAUCACGUGUAUCAACUCUUUUGUUCUCCAACUAUUCUCUAUAUUCUCACUGGUUAUUUCCAUAACAGACUUUUGGGGGGCUGAAAAGAAAGUGGGUUGAUUAAGCGGAGUCGUUGAUGUAGCUAGAUUGUCGAUUUGACUGAAAAGGAGAAUGUACAUACCUAGAUGUGCUAGUUCAGAAUGCUGUCGGAAGCAAACUGCACCAAAUUUCUCUCUCAUAUUCAUUUAAACAGCAAUCACCUGAAUUGCAGGUUGUUUGCCCAAAAGAGCAGGAAUUAGUGAACUGGAAAAUGUAUUGAUAACUGAAUCUAGAUGGUAAAGCUUUAAAAAAAUAUAUUUUCUGAUAUAUAGACAUUUUGAUAGGCCCAUCUCAAAAAAUUCAACAACGUCCUGUAUAUUUCUAUUAGGAAGAGGCCUUUCUUUGACUGACUGUGCUUUAUGAAGAGCCUUAUUGAUCAGUACUGUAAGAAUAACCAUUUAAAUGUGCUUAAAAGUACAAGUAUCCAGAAUGACUGGCUACGUUGCUCAGUAUGGUUUGACUGAAGCCUCAAGAAUAUAACUUCAUUUAUUAAAACAUUAAAACUAAUGAAACUGUAUUUUGAUGCUAUGACCUUUUUGUAUUCUGACUAAUUGAAUAAUGUACUUCAAAACAUUGGGUGUUGUUUUUGGAGUUAUCUAUUCUUAUGGAAUAAAGCACAAGGAAUAAAGCACAAAAACAAAAAAAACAA